AUGGAGCUGAUGGCAGAAGGGCUGGGGAUGCAGGACACAGGCGUGUUCAGGGGCAUGGUCCACAGGGACGGCAGCGACGAGCUGCUGCGUGUGAACCACUACCCGCCGUCGCUGCGCCCGGAGGCGGUGGGCGGUGGCUCCACGGGGUUCGGCGAGCACACGGACCCUCAGAUCAUGUCGCUGCUGCGCUCCAACUCCAUCCCCGGGCUGCAGAUCGCGCUGCAGGACGGCAGCUGGCUCCCCGUCCCGCCCGACACAGAGUCCAUCUUCGUCAACGUCGGCGACGCCAUGCAGGUUCUGACCAACGGGAGGUACAGGAGUGUGAGGCACAGGGUGGUGGCAGAGGCCGGGGAGGAGGUCCGGUCGAGGCUGUCGAUGAUAUACUUCGGCGGCCCGGCGCCGGUGGAGAGGAUCGUGCCAGUGGCUGGGGUGAUGGGGCCGCUGGAGCCGAAACUGUACAAGAGCUUUACGUGGGAGGAGUACAUGACGGCCGCAUACAAGACCAACCUCGCCACCUGCAGGCUGGAGCCCUUCCUGCUCCUGCAGCUCGGCGCUGAAGAAUCCCCCAAGGAUGCAAGCGAGUUGCUGCUGAAUGCUGCCACUGCUCCGCAGUAA